AUGGCUGAUACACACCAAGGCCCGUCGGCCUCGAACGACUCUAAACAACCUUCUCCCGUCAAUCGGCUCAAACUAUUAGCGGAACAAUCUCCAUUGAAGUAUUUGGUACUUACACCAAUAGAAAAGAACCAUACAGACAAAGACUAUAUUCGAUUGUCUAUGGUGUUCCCGGUCGGGUUUACCAAGGAGGAAUCGAAUGGAUUGUCUCGCCGUCUUGCUCACGAGGCGAGAGAAGUAUUCGAGCGGACUUUGACACAUUGGCCUUUCCUCAACGGCACAUUUGGUCGGAAGAUGAUUGAAGGCCAGAGUAGAUUAGUACUGUGGUACAAACAGCCGGUCACGCAGCGCGACGUCAUCGACCGGUUCAUAGAAGAUACAAGCUGGCUGAUGAAAGCCGCCCCCGAAUGCCAAGAUAUCUCGACAUUACCUUUGAAGUUGUUCGAGUUUGACAAGAACAUUGACAAACACACAGAGCCCAAGAAGAUCGCCACUUACUUAGGAGAUCCUAAUUAUCCCGUGAUGGUCAGAGUGAAACUGCUCGACGAGGGCGUCUUUGUGAUACGUUUCGCGUUCAGCGAACGCAUCUUUGAUAUGCAAUUCGUUCAAAACUACUUACGUCAAUUCCUUGAUUUUACGCUGCUAGAGAAUUCCGUCAAGAACAUUCAGCCACUUGAUGUUCGAAGAACUAUGCCCAAGAUCGAGGAUAGGGACAGACUGAUCAGUAUUCCAACAGAAAAGUCUCGCCUAGGAUACAUGAUUUACCGCUUAAAAGAGAAGUACGUACGAGCUACCUUUGAUCCGCUUGUCGGCGAACCUAUGUCUGGUCAAGUAAUGCCCACUGGCUUCAGCAGUUGUAUCUUCGCGUAUAUGUGGUAUCGAAUCACCCAGGCCAGGUGGGAAACUGGGGUUAUUGAGCACAACCAUAUUACGACGGCCUUUAUCAAGUACCCGGCGCAUCACUCGAUUCGUGCAAAAGCCUAUUACGGCAACAGCACUUACACGGCGGCAUUUACCGCCCAGGUUGACGAGUUGACCGAUUGCAUGCUUGAAGAAGAAGGUACCGGAAAAAAGAAAACAGACGAACAACUAUUAGAACUCGAACGAAAACGUAAAAUGAGAGAAAAAUUUCUUUUAGGAUGCGCAGUCGGAAUAUUAUCCGUUGAUCCGGUCGACCGGGAUCUUCUGCAGAAGUUCUAUGGAGUGAAGCAAAGCGUCAGUCCCGAAGAAGAUGACGAAGCGAGUUCCCGUGCUCUUCUAACCCAGUACGAUGUCGUUUUUGAGAAUUGGAUCGACUGUGGCUACGCUCGUGCUCGUUAUAUUCGCGCCUUUUUUGGGGGAAAUGAUGUUUACCCCUACUUUAUGCCUUGUGUAGACCAUAUGGAGGAGGGAAAGGUGAUCUUGCUACCGCCAUGGGGGAAAGGGAGGAAGAUUAGCAACGACAUAUCACAUGACGAUGGCUGGGAUGUCUGCGUGUGCCUCCAAAGAGAAGAAUUAAAUGAACUUGAACGGGCGCUGCGAAAGGACGAGGCUAUUAGGUAA